UACUUACAGACUUUUUCAGUCACCUUUUCUCUCUUCCCUGUGCGCGUUGUCUCUUCAUUCUUCUUUUAAAAUCCUCUUCUUCUCUGUUUUCCCAUCAUGAUGAACUCCAUUUUCUUUAACUCCCUCUCUGGGUUUUCCUUCUUUUAGGUUUCAGAUUCAAACCCAGCAUUUUUUUAAGCUAAAGAUUAGCUCCGAAGUUUGAAAUUACACUCUCCAACGGCUAUUUUCUUGUAAGAAAGUGGUUUCCCGGAAUUUGGGUUCAUGGAUAUAUCCACAGCUUUACUGCUUUUAACGGCUAUCACGGCUUAUCUACUGUGGCUCACAUUCAUCUCACGGUCGUUGAAGGGUCCGCGUGUCUGGCCACUAUUGGGCAGUCUACCGGGCUUGAUUGAGAACUGUGACCGCUUGCAUGACUGGAUCUGCGACAACCUCCGCGCGUGUGGUGGCACGUACCAGACCUGCAUCUGUGCGAUUCCUUUCCUGGCGAAGAAGCAGGGCCUCGUGACCGUCACGUGUGACCCGAAGAACCUAGAGCACAUACUGAAGACCCGGUUCGAUAAUUACCCCAAGGGACCCACGUGGCAUGCGGUGUUCCAUGAUCUACUUGGUGAUGGGAUUUUCAACUCUGACGGUGACACGUGGCUGUUUCAGAGGAAGACUGCUGCACUGGAAUUCACCACCAGGACGUUGCGCCAAGCCAUGGCUCGGUGGGUUAGCAAAGCCAUUAAGGAAAGGAUGUGCCUGAUUCUCGAGACGGCUGAGCUUGAAGGCGAGCCGGUUGAUCUUCAGGACUUGCUGCUGCGGCUCACUUUCGACAACAUAUGCGGCUUGGCUUUCGGGAAGGACCCACUUACGUGCGCCCCGGGGCUCCCCAAGAACAGCUUCGCUUCGGCUUUUGACCGAGCCACCGAAGCCUCGCUCCAGCGCUUUAUUUUGCCUGAGGUUUUGUGGAUGGUCAAGAAAUGGCUUGGGCUUGGGAUGGAAGUCAGCUUGAGCCGAAGCCUCGUACACAUCGAGGAGUAUUUAUCCACUGUGAUAGAAGCCCGUAAGCUAGAGUUGCUGAGUCAGCACAAAGAUGGUAACCCACACGAUGAUCUGCUCUCAAGGUUCAUGAGGAAAAAAGAAUCCUACACGGACGCGUUCCUGCGAAACGUGGCACUCAAUUUCAUCCUAGCUGGACGCGACACGUCAUCGGUGGCCCUUAGCUGGUUCUUUUGGCUGGUGAUCCAAAACCCAAGAGUGGAAGAGAAAAUCAUACGCGAAAUCUGCACCGUCCUGAUAGAGACACGUGGAGACGACGCGGCGAAGUGGGUGGACGAGCCUUUAGGGUUUGAGGAAGUUGACCGUUUAACAUACCUGAAAGCGGCAUUAUCAGAAACCCUGAGGCUUUACCCAUCAGUACCCCAGGACUCAAAGCACGUGGUGGCAGAUGACGUGUUGCCGGACGGCACGUUUGUCCCGGCGGGGUCGUCGGUGACAUAUUCCAUAUAUGCAACGGGGAGGAUGAGGUCCACGUGGGGUGAAGAUUGCCUAGAGUUUCGUCCAGAAAGGUGGUUGUCACCGGACGGUAAGAGGUUCACAAUGCAUGACUCUUAUAGAUUUGUUGCUUUUAAUGCUGGCCCGAGGAUUUGCUUAGGGAAGGAUUUAGCGUACUUGCAAAUGAAGUCGGUGGCGGCGGCUGUGUUGCUCCGCCACAAGCUGACGGUGGCGGCGGGCCAUAGGGUGGAGCAGAAGAUGUCAUUGACGUUGUUCAUGAAAUACGGGCUUAAGGUUAAUGUGCAUUGCAGGGACUUGGGAGGAAUUGUGGAAAGCUUGAAAACGGAGAGGGAGGAGGAGGCCGGAGAGUUGCUGCAUGGGAAAGGGUCUGUUGCCGUUAAGUGUAACGGCAGUACUCGUGACGGAGUUGAUGUGGGUGGUGGUGGUGGUGGUAGUACUGAUCAUGAAUGAAAAUUUAAGAGUGGUGGAGCCUAUGGGAGUUGAGGUGGAGGGAAAUACAUAUGCGUCUGAUUUCGAUUUUUCGUUGGGUUGAGUCGUCGUGCCAGCUUUAUGAUGUUGUUCACUGGAAUUAAAUUAAAGCACGUAAAGCAAUAGAGUUUUUCAUAUACACAGUAGUACCAUUAUAUAUGAUUGAAGAGAGAGAGAUGUUGGAAAUCCCAUAAAUACUACAUGUUAUUGCCUGUUAAUUGUAUCGAUUUAAUUUAAUUAUUUAUUUGUUUGCUCA